CCCAAUUCUCCCUCACACUUCUCUGCCCUCGCCCUCCUUCAUCGUCCCCUCCUUCCACAGCCAGAGAUCUCCAGAAGAAUCUCAACCUUGACACUCACACAGCAAGGCAGAAAAGAAGUCGUCUUCCACAUCACGAGCUCUCCAAUCUGUUCUUUUUCAUUUUCUUUUUCACUCUCUCCACGAAAUCUGACUCACACAGGCACAGAUCAGAGAGAGAGACGGAAAUGAAGGAGAUCUGGACAUCCCUGGCCUCCCUCCCGGCCGUCCUGGCCUUCUUCUGCCGGGCCCUCCUCCAGGUGGUGUUCCCGCCAGAGCUCCGGUUCGCCUCCCUCCCCUUCCUGAACCGGGCCCUCCUCCAGGUGGUGUUCCCGCCGGAGCUCCGGUUCGCCUCCCUCCCCUUCCUGAACCGGGCCCUCCUCCAGGUGGUGUUCCCGCCGGAGCUCCGGUUCGCCUCCCUCCCCUUCCUGAACCGGGCCCUCGACUGCUUCUCCUCCUACCUGGACUCCAUCAUAAACAAGGCCAACGACAUCCGCCGCAAGAACCAAGAACGCAUCUUUUAUACUAAGUGCUGCGGCCUCGGUUCCCGUGGCCACGCAUGGGAAUCGGUGCCGUUCAAGCACCCGAGCACCUUCGACACGUUGGCCAUGGACCCGAAGAAGAAGAGGGACAUCAUGAAGGACCUCCGGGACUUCUCGGCAGGGCAAGCCUUCUACCAGAGGACGGCCCAGGCGUGUAAGCGGGUCUACCUGCUCUCCGGCCUGCCUGGGACGGGGAAAUCGAGCGUGAUCUUUGCGAUAGCCAAUUUCCUCGGCUAUGACAUCUACAACCUCCUGCUGGCCGAAGUGCACACCUACACCGAGCUCCAGAACCUCCUGAUGAAGACCAGCUCCAAGUCCAUCAUCGUCAUUGAGGACUUCGACUGCUCAUUAAAUCUGUCGAACAAGUCGAACGCAACCCAGGCCGCCGCGCGCCGGAGCUACUACAACCCUGGGGCGCCUGAGGCAGCCCGCGGCGGUGAGGACCGGCACAGCAACACGAUUAGCCACAUGGGGCUGCUCAACUUCACCGACAGCCUGUGCUCGUGCUGCCAGUGCGAGAGGAUCUUCGUGUUCACCACCAGCGACACUGAGAACCUCGACCCGGAAUUUCUCCGGAGCGGCCUCAUGGACAUGCACAUCUCCAUGACUUACUGCUCGUACCCGGCGCUCCAGAUCCUGCUCCGGAACUACCUGGGCACCGAGGCCGAGGACCUUGGCAAGGCGGUGGCACGUGAGCUCCAGGAGGCGGUCGAGAAGGCCAAGAUGACGCCAGCGGACAUAAGCGAAGUCCUGAUCAAGAACUUGGGGAACAAGGAGAGAGCAGUGAGCGAUUUGCUGGGGGUGUUGAAGGCGAGACCGAACAUGGUGGAGGAAGAGGAGCAAGUGAAGAGGGUUCUGGAGAGCCCCAGCGAAGGGAGCCCUGGCGGGGAACUAGACGAUUAUGAAGCAGAGUUGCGUACGCUUAUGUGA